AGCGUUGAAUUGUAGUCUUGUUCAAGUCCAUCUAGCGUUGAGCCAGUCGAGCAGAAACCACUGGAGCGUGCAGCCACCAAGAUGGAAAAUGUUUUGAUAGUGAAAUACAUCUAUAUAUUACUAUUGCUAUACGGAAUUACAUUAUCACAGAAUUGUGCAUUGCUAGAAUUUUACAACUUUAACGAAGACACUUUUGAAGUUUCCGAAAACAGUAUUGUUAAUCUGACGUUUUGGCUAAACACAUCAGCCUGUGAGCAGUCUGAUGUAACAUAUCGAAUUGAGGUAAACACCAGGACAAACACGAACACACACGAAUAUGAAGGACAUAUUGUUCAGCAGAAUGGCCAGUGUAUUGUCGUCUUACCGAUAUCUGUUGGAUGCCUCAGCUUGGCGGGUCCUGCAGUCUUCUACAAGAAAGUAAACCGAUCACAUGUGGAAAUUAAAUGGACAUGGACGUGGCAAAAUAAAGAUUCAAGCAAAUUCUAUACAUCGAGAAAAAUACUAAAACUUAACGUUUCCUAUCCACCAAGCGUUGAAAGUCUGACUGUAGAUGGCCAUGAGGCAAAUGGGACUUACCUGUUGAAUGAUGGACAGAAGGUCAACGUUUUCUGCUUGUUCGAAAAAGGAAAUCCUGCAUCACGUUUUCACUUGCUGGACCAAAAGGGAGUUAAAAUGGCAACUUCUUAUAGAGAAAAAUACAUAAACCAGUCACUUACAGUACAUUGUGAGGAUGACUGGCCAAUAAUCAGUUGUGAAGGGAAGAGGUCGAAACAAAAUCGAUCUGUGUCUUUUCUUGUCAAGUGUCCUCCUAAGUUUGUUAACCGCACUAUGAAAAUUGACAGAUCUUCGGAAAAACAAACUAUCGAACUACACGUAAAGUCUUACUCUUCAGCCACAGGUAAAUGUGUCUUGACAUCAUUGUCUUCACUCAGCAACACUGAAAGACAGGUAAACUGCAACAUAAGAGGUGAGCCGCCUGAUCUUGUCCUAAGCUUUCCCCUUGGCAACGAGAACCGCAGCAUCAAAGAGUGGAUACUAACCUAUCAAAAUGAAGGGGGCUCUGCCAACAUAACAAUAAUCCUUAAUACAUAUUUAGGUGAGUAAAUAAACAUUUGUUAUUUACUUAUAAAUUUGAAUGUAAAUAGGAAAUAAAUUUUGUGGCAGAUAAGAAUCAAACUAAAACUCGAGCAUGGAAACCUGAAAUAUAUUCUUACUUUUUUAAUGUAGACUGCUUCUAUAAAUAUGUAACAAAUUAGUACAAAUACAGUAAAAGGUACAAAUUAUUUUUAUAAAGAAAUACAUGCACUAGUAAUUGGGACAGGAAGAGCCUAUAAAACGUAGAGAAACUUGCUAACAUUUAUUUUGUCUCACAUAUACAUAACAUAUAAAAUAUGAUGUUUUACAAUAGAACAAAAAAUAUAUAUAUGCACAUAAAGUAACAGUCAUUUAAGAAUACAUUCAUCUGCCAAGCAGGCCAACAAAAUAAGAUCUUACACAACAAAUUUGAUCAAUACAGAAAGGAGUAAGACCAUAACAUGAUAAAAUGAUAUCAACACAUGCUUGGUAAUUUGUAGUUUACAUGGGACAAAAGAAUAAACAGAAAUGUUGAUUGGCAUGUUAUAUUUAAAGCAAUGGCUAAUAUAAAAGAUGUUAUAUUAAAUGGCUUGAAAUCAGAGUGCUACAUAGAACUCUGGGACUAGAAGACGAUGAUAUCUGCGGCCUUUACAGAGAUGAAAAAGAAAUUAUCCAGCAUACAUUUUGGAAUUUCAUAUAUGUUAAUGAUUUCUGGAGAACUUUACAAAAUUUUAUAUUAGACAAAUGUACAAAUGCUCCAAAGAUAACUAUUAGUGAACAUUUUGUUCUGUUUGGAUGCAGUAAUAACUUUGGCACAGAUGUUGUACUUGAUUUAAUUUUACUGUUCGCAAAAGCAUACAUUUAUUCUUGUAGAUUAAAAAAAGCCAUGCACCAGUUAGAAACCUUUAUCCAAAUAUUGAAACACAGAAAAACAAUUGCAAAAAUGUAAUGCAUGUUUAGAAAUAAAAGAAGAAAAGUUUGCUAAGCAAUGGCUACCAUAUAAACAACUUGUUAGCUAGACUAAAUACAUACUAUAUAUAUCUAUAAAUGAAUUUAUUAUUACCUAAAACUACAUGUCUUCAUAUUAUAUACAUUAAUAUUGUUGUACUGUUAGCCUAUGAUAAAUGGGAUCCAAGUUGCCUGCUAUGAUUGCUUGAGAUGAGAAAAAAACACAUACUUUCUAUUGGUUGUGUAAAGUUUUUGCACUGCUGGCUUCUUUAGCAUAUGGAUGUCAUCUUAAAAUAACUGUUAAUUUAUGUGGAUAUGUUUUUUAUUGUAAAAUAUUGAUUUUUAUCUGUUAUUUAUCUGUGAGAGAUGAUAGAUGUUAAAAAAUUCCUUUUUAAUCCAUUAAAUGUUUAAUUAAGUACAUAUCUUUCUCCACCCAGCUCCUAUAUAGUAUUGGUUUAUUCCCAAUCAUACUUCUGUCAGUACAAGAGAUAGGUCUUGACAAAAUUUGGUCCUGUUUUUUCACACACUAUGCUCUCUCCAAAUAUCCUGUCUGUCCAGAAACUGUUUACAUUGAUAAAGUGCCAAGCUGUAGGGCCGAUUUGACUAUUAUCAAUUAUUUAUCUAUUGUCAAUGAUCUAUUAUUUUUAUGUGUGGAUUUAAGAUUUUUGUUCCAGCUGUAGCUGGUUUUAUUUAUUUUUCACAGCCAUGAUAGAUUUAAUGAAUUCACAUAAGUAAGAGUAGAAAAACUAAAUACAGAAAAAAGAUAUUAACGAUGGCGUAGUGCGUUUCUUUUAUUCUUUCAUGUAUUUAAAACAUUUGCACUAGCUCUGCUACGCUAUAAGACUUGCUAUAUAAUGUGUGCUUUUCCUAACAGAAAAAGCUAUAUUUAAUUAAAAAAAUAACAUUCUUGAAAAAUCUGCAUAGGUAAGGUCCCUUUGAUCACAGACAAGGACGACAAGACAGAUACAUUCAUUUUUACCUUCUCCGUUCUGCCGAUUGGUCGAGGUAGCGUUCGACCCCACUUUCACGCUGGGUGGACGUUAGCUGGGGUGUUAGGGGGGGGGGGGGACGAAGGAGCCUUAUUGCGGACGGCGGACGCGCAAGGGCGGAAAAUGCGAACGUUCUUUCUCUUCAGACUGUUAGGAGUCAUUUCCCCUGACGUCAAGAUAGUCUUACUUAAUUUCACCGUGACUUCAAUACUUAUUUUACGCGGUUAAUAACUGACUUCCGCUGCAACAGACGACUGAGAGGUUGACAGCUGCACAACACUGUCUGUGAAGGAGGAAAAUUGGGCGAAGAAGCAAUAAUGACCAAAGCAAUGAGCUAUUGUAUGUAUAAUGUUACAUGCCAGUAUAGUCCAUCUAGCGUUGAGCCAGUCGAGGAAAAACCACUGGAGUGUGCAGCCACCAAGAUGGAAGAUAGUUUGCUAGUGAAAUACAUCUAUGUAUUGCUCAUGUUACACGAGACUGCAUUAUCACAGAAUUGUACAUUUCUAGAAUUUUACAACUUUAACGGAGACACUUUUGAAGUUUCCGAAAACAGUAAUGUUAAUCUGACGUUUUGGCUUAACACAUCAGUCUGUAAGCAGUCUGAUGUAAAAUAUCGAAUUGAGGUAAACACCAAGACAGACAAGAAUACACAAGAACAUGAAGGACAAAUUGCUCAGCGAAAUGGCCAGUGUGCUGCCGUCUUACCGAGAUCUGUUGGCUGCCUCAGCCAGGCGGGUCCUGCAGUCUUCUACAAGAAAGUAAACCGAUCACAUGUGGAAAUUGAAUGGACAUGGACGUGGCAAAAUAAAGAUUCAAGGAAAUUCUAUACAUUGAAAAAAAUACUAAAACUUAACGUUUCCUAUCCACCCAGCGUCGAAAGUCUGACUGUAGAUGGACAUGAGGCAAGUGGUACUUACCUGUUGAAUGAUGGACAGAAGGUCAACGUUUUCUGCUCGUUCGAAAAAGGGAAUCCUACAUCACGUUUUCACUUGCUGGACCAAAAGAGGGUUAAAAUGGCAACUUCUUAUACAGAAGAAUACAUCGACCAGUCACUUACUGUACAUUGUGAGGAUGACUGGCCAAUAAUCAGUUGUGAAGGAAAGAGGUCAAAACAAAAUCGAUCUGUGUCUUUUCUUGUCAAGUGUCCUCCUCAGUUUGUUAACAGCACUGUGAAAAUUGACAGUUCUUCGGAUGAACAAACUAUAACACUAAACGUAAAGUCUUACUCAUCAGCCACAGGUAAAUGUGUCUUGACACCAUUGUCUUUACUCCACAACACUCAAAGACAGGUGACUUGCAACAUAAGAGGUGAGCCACCUGAUCUUGACCUAAGCUUUCCCUUUGCCAACGAGAACCGCAGCAUCAAAGAGUGGAUACUAACCUAUCAAAAUGAAGGAGGCUCUGCCAACAUAACAAUAAUCCUUAAUAAAAAUAUAGAAGAUGGCACAGAAAAAGACCCGUUGUUUACAGACAAGAAUGGCAAGAUGGGUCCAUUAAUUUUUACCUUCUCCGUUCUGCUGAUUGUUAUUAUCAUCGCUUUAGUCAUUGUUGCUGCUCUUGUGGUAAGGAAAAAGAGAAAGGAAAAUAAUGGCAAUACAACAAGCCUUGAAGAAAAAAGUUCUGAUUUAAGAGGCAGCUUUACAGAAGACAUUUCAACUGACAGUCAUCUACAUAAUCACACGUACGUGUCAGCCUCAUCUGUUCGUAACCAAAAGAAAGGGCGAAGUAAAGGUGAAUCUUCUUCAGGACCAGUUGAAGAAACUUAUACUUCUGCGACCGAAGUUCGAGCGAAAAAACGUCAAGAAAAGCUAGGUUUGGAAUUUGUGUGGUUCAUUCAGAGGAAUUACCCUGGGAUUACUUUGAUGAAAAAGAGUGUAAAACAUCGCACGAAUGGAGAAAGAGGACUGAAUGGCCAUCUAUAUGUGGAAAUCGGAAUUGGAAAAUUGCACCUGCAGGUGAACGAACAAAAAAAAAAAAAAAAAAGGUAUUUCAUUUUUCUUGCAGAACACCUAUUUACUGCUUUUAUGUAGAAUAAAAUACCUAAACAUUUACCUGUAAAUUAAGGCAAGGUCAUAGACAAUAACUUAAAUACUCUUUUGAUGUACACAUUAUUUUAAAUGGUUCAUGAAACUCCUGUAAUUAUUGCUGAAGUUCAGAAUGCAUCCCACUAAUUUUAAAUGGGGGUCUGAAAAUCAUAUAUAUAUAUAAAUGUAGAUAGCCUACCAUUUCAAGAACACUGUGUUUACAAGCAUUAGUUAAGUAACCACAUAUUCUGGAUGACCAGCAUGAGUGCAUGGUUAAAAUCAGGGGAAAUAUAGCAUAAAUAGCAGACAAAAAUAUCUCAUUAGUAUUUCUAUUAUAAGGAAGCACAAUAAAUUUAUGGGACAGUUUUUCUUAAACACGCUUGAUUUGUAACAUGCGUGAUGCAUUUUUUGAAAAUGGUUUUAUCUGCUAACUUUGAUAAAGUAAGCAAUGCAAUUCUUGGAAAAUGAAAACAGACCCAGGAAUAAUGUGGUAUUGCUUAGUUUUCUAAUUGAAACUCGUUAAUUCCAGCUAUUUUUUAAAAUUUGUUUAAAUGUGUGGGAGUGAAAAACAGUGAGAUCUCUUGUAAAAAGUACCAUUUAAACAUCAUUCAUUUAGAACACAUUAUUAUGCAAUAUAUUUUAUGUGUCAAAUUUUAUUUUAUUCUUAUAAACCUAAAUUUUUUUUAUCCUAUGAAGAUUAUCCAUUUUCAUAUUCAUUUUUCAUUUUACAUCUGCCUUGGUGACCCAUUAGUAGUAUUAUCUCCCUUUGACCAUUAUGCAAUAAAAACAAACUAAACAUUUUGUCAUAUACAGUACAUAAAUUUUAAAAAAUGUAUUUUUGUUUUUUAAAAUGUGAAAAAUAUAUAUGUGAAUAUUAAAUGAUCAAGUAUUCAUAAAAUUUUCUAAAUUUUGUAUAAGUAAAAGAAAAUAUUUCACAAGAAUCUGCACUGAAAUAAUUGAAACAAAACUGACUGGUAACAGCAUCUUUUAGUAGCCCAAAAGUAUUAAAUUAAAGAACAUGAAAUGUUAUAGUGAACUGAUAUUUAAAUUUAAUGCAUUCUUUUAUCUAAUUGGACACCCAACCUAUACUCUUUUCAGUUUUCUGUUUUUUAUUGCAAAUUUUCUGUUAUUUUUGCUGCUUUACAUUAUUUAUAGAUGUUUUUGUGGGAUUAGAAACAUCGAGACACACAUUAUUGUAUACACUUAUAAUCACUGUAUAAAAGCAAAUUGUAUGCCUAUGAUUUAUUUGUUUAGGUCAAAGCUCACUAUGUACCAAAUUUAGAAGAUAUCUCUCUGUAUUUACAUAUUAUUGUGUAGCUGUGAUAGUUUGCACUGUACAAUUAAAUUAUCUGUAAUAAGCUUACAGUGGUUGUUAUAUAUAAUUAGUCCAUGUAUUCUUUUUAGGACUCCUCAUUGUAUAAAUAUUACAUAUUUGUGACGAGAGAGGAAUAUACAGAUGUGUGUGUACACGUAAAAUAUAUAUAAGCAUGUAACAUAACAAAGGAGGGUUUGAAAACAACAAAAAUAAAAUAUGUAUCUUUUUGUUUAAAUGUCUAAUAUUACACAAGCAAUUUCACAAGCAAUACUCUUACAUCAGUCAACAUAGUUAUUAAUAGUUGUGAUUAUAGUCAAUUGACUAAUCUGCUUGCUUAUAUUCCUCUAUAUGACACUAUCCGUCUGUUUGCUGAUUAUUUUUGUCUUCUUUGUUUUUGUCUUUUAUUACUUGUCUGUUUAAUAGCUUAUCCUUCAUAUUCUAUCCAUGUCUCCUAUUUGAUUUUAUGAUUAACAUAUUUUUCAGAAUGUUGCAUUAUUUAUAAAUAAUUAGAAAUCAAUAUCUAAUUAAAAAUAUGGACUAUUAAGCUUUUUCAGAAAGUAAAUAACUUAGUCUUCACCCAAAAUUGUCACUUUAGAAUUGAUUCCUUUUAAUGAAAUCUUGACUUUAUACUAGUGUUUAAAAAAGUCAUAAGCAGUUAAACAAUACAAAUAUAUGCAAAGUGUCUGAUGAAAUAUUAGAAUAAUGCUAUAUCUAUACAUAGCUUACAAACUUUAUUAACUCAUUUCUCAAUACAUGACUAAAUUAGAAAGAGGAUUUCUGGUUCAUGAUCAUUAAAAACAAGUACACCAUAUAAUUUACAUUUAUGGUAAUGUAUGUUUUCUUUACAAUAAUAGUUUGCAGUAUAUUUACUACAUAAAAAAGUAUAAAUACAAGUAUGUAUAGCUAAACUUAUACUGUUUACAUUCUUCAAGCAGAUGGAAGCUAGUUUUGCUGUGCUACACAAGCACACCAUACCGUUUGACACAAAUAAUGUUUAUUCUAUUAACUAUUCUUCAGAUUUCUGUUAAAAAGACUUUAAGGAAAAUGUUGGCUCAGGCCUUAUAGCAAUAGUACACAUUGAACAUGCUUGAGUAGCAUUUGAUAUGACAGGUGGAGAAUGAUGUUCUAUUAGAGUAACAAAAAGAAAAAAGAAGUUACACUGACAUGUGACUUAAAUGGGCCUCUCAGUUGGUGGGUCAAUGACACUGCCACAGGGGUUACAAUAACAGAGAAGGAAAACAUUUCCUUAUUUCCUGGUGGCCUGUAGUGAUUAUUUUUUCUUCAUUGAUAUUCAAAAUGUGGCAUGGUAGUCUUUUAUUCAAAUGUGUUGACUUUAUAUUGCAGCUGCUGAUUUUACUAGCCUAAAAGUAACAUAGUAUAAGAAAAGAGUAACAGUUUGAAGAAUAUAGGUUAUCGCUAACAGAAAUGUUCAUGAAUAUCUGUAUAUUUCAUCUUUGAAAAUCACUUCUUUACCAUAAUGUUCCUAAAUGAUUAAAAAACAUACAUACAGUAAAAUGACUCGUCUAGGGGAAGUCCCGGUGCUAUCAGUGCUCACUGGGAGAGCAGUUUUUCUCUUUCUUGGUUGGCAUAUCAAGGAGGAAGGACGACGGGCAGUCCGACAAAUAUUCGAGGCUUAAAUCAUCAGCUUUAUGUGUCAACUGGAGUACAGGUUCCCACUUAACAAAAAAGGUGGACCCAUAAGAGAAUACCAGAACAGCUGUAACAACUGAGAGCCCACUAGAGAGUAUGAGAAUAGCUGCAGCAUCUGAGAGCCCACAGGAGAGUAUGAGAACAGCUAUAGCAUCUGAGAGAACAGCUAUAGCAUCUGAGAGAACAGCUAUAGCAUCUGAGAGCUAAGUUGAUGCGCGUAUGCAUGUGAAAGUAAAUGGUAAUAAUAACGAGAGGUAACAGCACUAUGAUAGUGGAAGUACACUUAGAACGGAUAGCACUGGGACUCCCCCUAGACGAGUCAUUUGACUGUAUGUUUUUUUCACGUUAAAUAAAGCUUUAAUUAUUA